AUGAAAUCCUCUGCAAACAAGCACUUCUGCUGUACCAUCUGUCAGCGAGGUUUCACCCGCAUUGACCAUCUUAAGCGCCACCAUCUGCGCCUGAUAAUCUACGGGACCACUACGCGGACUGCGCCCAACGAGGAGACCGAAAGAUUCCCGAAACUGGACAAAGAGGCAGAAGGCGUCAUGCGUGCCAAUCAUUCUUGUCAGAAAAGAAACCUCCAUUGCAAUAACGAGCGCAAUCAAGCGAAAGAUCAUGAGUUGGGAGGCUCGGCAUCUUCCAAGAAUGACGACCAAGAACCAUCGUCAGAUCGGGGAUCAAUCAAAUUCCUCCUCAAUGGAGGCACAGAUACUUUCACAGAACACUGGAACCUUCCUCCCAGCAAUGACCGACCCCGUACGCUCAGCGAUUAUCAGAACCCAAAGAGUUUUGAGGAAGCCGACAGCUCCAUCCUAGAAUACACGACAAAGGAGAAUUACCUGGAAUACGCACCAACAUACGUUGAGCCAGACCCGUCGGCUCUUUCUUUCUUCCACGAUACAUUUCUCGACUUUUUUAAUGGCCCGUUUGGAGAUCCCCAUAGGUCGUCAAAUGAUCCGUAUACCAGCGGGAUGGCGUAUCAGUCCAUAACACCCUCCACGCAAGGUUCAGAUCUUAGAUUCACUGGGCAGCAACCCGCUUACGAACAUGAAUAUCCGUUUGCAAAUGCCAUGAUACAGGCGAUUUUGACGAAAGUUUGGUCCCUUCGUCUCGAUGCUAAGACGCAGGAAGAGAUUUCGGAAAAGCUAACCUUCCUACUGACACCUACUCGCAUGCGGAAGUAUAUGGCAUUGUACUUCAAGUACUGGCAGCCCAAUUGCCCAAUGAUUCAUGUUCCAACGUUUGACCCGAGGACCGUAUCGCUGUCGCUUCUCACGUCAGUUUGCUUCAUGGGUGCCAAGUAUACUGAGGAUAAGAGAGAGCUAGACGCCGCACAGCGACUAGUCGACUUUGCGGAACUGUUUGUCUUCUCCAGCGGAAUUCUCUCGGGCGAAAAUGAGAUCUGUUCGACAUAUUAUGGGGUCCGAAAUGUUGACGACGAGCGUAGUUGCUGGGUUCAAUUCCAGAAUCUACAGGCUGCAUUCCUCAUGGUGAUAUGUCAGUACUGGUCAGGAAGCCGUACGUCACGGAACCGAGCAAUGGAGAAUCGGUUUAGCGAAGUCAUUAAGGUUGCGCGCAGAAUGGGUCUACCCACGUUUCAGCAUGGACCUGAGGAGCGUCUCCAUGAGUAUUUAUGGAUUCAGAGGGAGUGUCGUAUACGCACCAUCAACUUAAUCUCACUGCUGGACUGCGCAUUCUCGUUCUAUUCGAACUAUCCAUGCCGUUUGUCUCAUAACGAAAUGGAGUGUGCGUUGCCUUGCGUGGAGUCCGUGUUUGAAUCGGCGCAUCCAUUCCAGGAACCUAACUUCGAACUAUCCCGGGAUAUAACCCUUUCUGAAGCUUUCCAAAAGUUAUUCGAAGAAGAAGGCAGCCGGGCCUCAUCACCCUCUACGUCCGGCUCUACCGUUGCAGAAACCCUCGCCAAACUCACUAUCUUGGACACAUUCAUGUUGAUUCACUCAGAUACCCAACUCACGGGGCUCUAG